GCGUGGUCGGGGCUCGGUCGCUGUAGCAGAGCGGAGUUUCCUGGCACAGAAAGAGGGAGGGGGGGAAAUAACAAAAAAAUGGGAAACUCUUGUCGAAAGCGGCCGUGUUUCUUUUAACAUUGUUUCCAUCUCAUCUCCUUUGCUGCCCCCGCAUCCCAGACUAAUAGGUCUUCAGACUAAUUUAGUAAAGCAGUUUGAUUUGGAAGCAACUUAAUGGAAAAACUUGAAACUUUUAGAUGAGACUGACGGAUCAUGCAGUCAACAGGGCACCGAUUCCGGGAUGUUGACCAUCAUCCUUUGCUGAGCUCUGAAGAUGACUUUGAAUGCUCAUCUGCCAAUGUGGAGACGGUGGAUCGGAUCUGGUUUAUCCGUGAUGGAUGUGGAAUGAUUUGCGCAGUCAUAACUUGGCUUCUGGUUUUAUAUGCAGACUUUGUUGUGACUUUUGUAAUGCUGCUGCCUCCCAAAGACUACUGGUACUCGCUGAUAAAUGGCAUUGUUUUUAACAGUCUGGCAGUGCUGGCUCUUUCAUCCCAUCUGAGAACAAUGUUGACAGAUCCAGGUGCUGUGCCUAAAGGCAAUGCCACAAAAGAGUAUAUGGAGAGUCUGCAGCUAAAACCAGGGGAAGUAAUCUAUAAGUGCCCAAAAUGUUGCAGUAUUAAGCCAGAGCGAGCUCACCAUUGCAGUAUUUGUAAAAGAUGCAUCCGGAAGAUGGACCACCAUUGUCCUUGGGUGAACAACUGUGUUGGAGAGAACAAUCAAAAAUUCUUUGUACUCUUCACUAUGUACAUAGCACUGAUUUCAGUCCAUGCACUGAUACUGUGUGGCUUCCAGUUUUUCUUCUGUAUCAGAGCACAGUGGAGUGAAUGCAGUGGCUUCUCACCUCCAGUAACUGUAAUCCUAAUCAUAUUUUUGUGCCUUGAGGGACUUCUGUUUCUCACAUUCACCUCAGUAAUGUUUGGCACACAACUUCACUCGAUAUGCAAUGAUGAGACGGAAAUUGAACGGUUAAAAAAUGAAAAGCCUACAUGGGAAAGGAAGCUACGAUGGGAGGGAAUGAAGAAUGUUUUUGGAGGACAGCCUUCAUUUCUAUGGAUUAAUCCUUUCUCAGGCAUUAGAAUAAGACGACUCAUUCCCAGACCAAUGAAGGGAGGACCAGAAUUCGCUGUUUGAAUCUAAGGAAGAACUUUUCUGAGAAAGUAGUCUUUCUAAUAUUAAAAUUAGCACAACAAGACUUCGUUCCUUUCCACAGUCUGCCUAAUGAGGUACUAUGGAUUAAAUAACUGCUGCCUGUUAAAAUUGCACAUAGUAACCUAAUUAUGAGCAAAUCUCAUGAAGUCUGGAACUAGCUAACUGACAGAGAACUCCAUCAGCCAUCAUAAGAAUGGAUUGCAAAGAUCAAACUGUAGCAUUGAAUGGACAGUUAUACAUCCUAACUCUACUGUACAAACCACUGCAUAGUUGCUCAUUUUGUAGUAUUGCAUCAAUGUACUAUUUGUGACAUAAUCACAAAAUAUUUGGAUGUAAACCACAAUGCGAUUGAUGUUAAUUUAGUGAUUUAGUAAUUUAGUUGAUCCAUUUGUCAUCCAUAAAAAAUAAGUUUCAAGUUCCAUAUUUACAAGUUGUUACAUGAGAUAAAACACAUCAGUUGGCAUUGAAUAAUUUCUUUAUCUGUUUUUAUAUUUUUUAUAUAUAUAUAUAAAAAAGGAACUCUAAAGAAGGGGAAACUUUAUUUUUUCAGUUCAUGUAUAUUUGUGUUUUUUUUAAUUUCAGGAAAGUUUCUUUCCCUUUGACUGUGGUAUGGGUGUGCACUGUUAUUUCUCAAUAACUCAAUGUUUACCUUGAACAUAAUCACCUUUUUACUUUUAUUUAUUGCUUUGUUAAAAUACACAGAUGAAUUGUAAGUGUAAGAUUGCUGGUGGUUAUUUCUGAAAUUGAUAUGAACUAUCUUUAUUACAAAUCAUCUCAUCUAGUUUAAUAUAGAAUGAUUGUUUAGUGUAUGGAAUAGGGUAAAGCUCAUUGUUUCUAAUUCUCUGAAACAUAAAAUUUAGUUGAAACCAACUUAGAUACGAUGACUUAAUUUCAUUGUUGCAGAACCUUGGUGUUCAUGUACAGUUCAACCUCAAUAAGAUUUACCAGAUUUUUUGUAAUCUGAUGGAUGAAAUCUGCUUUCUGGGAUCUAGAUCAGCAGAGAGUAUAAUUCUGUCAACCAGUGGGCUGUGUGUUUACUUUUCAGCUGUUCCAAAUCCUUCCACUCUCAGAAGAAACUAUCAGACUUUAGCUGGUAGAAAAUGAAUAUUAAUGUUUGAUUUCUGCUACUAAGGUGAAACAUUUAGUGUAUAACCUACUCCCCAUAUGAUAUGAUGUAUUGAAAAAGUAUAUGAAGGUUCAAGCAUUACACUAACAGAAUGUAGUGGCACAGUUUGAGCAUUAAAUGUCAAUUGAAUGUCAAUUAUGA